GCCAGCCUUCAGCUUUUAAUCAGCAGUCAAUUUUUGGUCAACUAACUGGGCAAACAUCUGUCUUUAACCAAACUUCAUCAUUUGGUCAAAGUGGUGGGCUAGGACAGGUCCUCAUUUUCUUCCAUGGCUCAAUCACCGGGUUUUGGACAACCAGCUUUAGGUCAGGAGACACUUGGAUUUGGAACACCUUCACCUUCUAACCGUGCAGAGCCAGACUCCUGCCUUUGGUCAGGUAUCAGCAUUUGGGUCAAAACAUCUGUAUUUGGACAACCCACAUCUGGAUUUGGCCUUCCUUCCACUAACUCUCAGCUGGCCACUAGUUCUGUCAGCACAGGAGGUACUCAGCCCAGCUUUGGGCAGUCAUCUUUUGGUCAGCCCUCUGCCUUUUCUUUGCCUACUGCUACAUCAGGCUCUGUUGUGAGUGGUCAGAAUAAUACACAGACAUUGUUUAGCUUUAAACCACCAAAUGAGGCUGUCUUCAAACCAAUUUUCAGUGUCAGUCCAGAGCCUCCUAACCCUCAGCCGGCUCCUGAGCCUUUGGGUUUACCCAAGCCAACGGCGAGUGGUUCAGACAGCAGUGCACCUGGUGGCUCUGGUGUAUCUCUUUUCACAGGUGUAAAACCAAGCACUCUGGGCUUCAGCUUCUCUCAGCCUGGAUCUGCCCCUUCUGUCUCAGCUACAAGUGGCAAGAUUUCCCAGACAGAGACACUGGGUGGAAAUGGUCUCCAAUUCACAUUCUCACAACCUGCCAACCCAUCGAGCAAUUGCAGCAGCACUAGUGCUCUUCAACCCUCCACGGUUCCCAGCAGUUCUUCCUCAUUCAGCUUCUUAGCAAAGGUCCUCCAGCCCCAGACAGAGACUAAGAUGCCCCUGUUUGGUGGCACUGGCACUGCUUUUGGCCAGCCACCCUUUGGAUUUAGAGGGCCAAAGCAUGGACAGAGUCAGGCUGAGAGAUUAGGAGAUGAGGAGAGCACAGGAGAGCCAGAAUUUGGAAGUCUUGGGAAGGGCAUGAAACGAAAAGAUGAGCCUGUUGACCCAAAUUCCAGUCAAGGAAAAAGUUCCAAAAUUGAGGAGGUGCAAGGUGGAGCAGAGGCCCCAAGGCACCUAUCAAAACGGCCCCUCCUGCGGAAUCGAGGACCUGCUAGCGGGCUAUUUCGGAAUGCCUUAAGUGGCUUGAUGAAGACGUCAGUUAGGAAAGAAGACCGCCCCCUCAACUGGAAUGAAGAAGACAGACCAGAUCCCCCAGUUCCAGAUGCAGAUGUGUCUGCUACCCCACCUAGAGCUCAGGUUCCCAUUAGAAACAUUCUGGAGAAAGCAGAAAAAGCUGCUUUUAAGCCUGAAGCUGAGAGAAGUACCCCAGCCCGAAGAGCUCGACAUGGGGAGAGCACUGACAGCCUGGCUAGUCUCUCUCCCUCUGAGACUACUGUCAUACAGUGUAAGGGAGUUCCCCCCCACAUCAACAAUAAAGGCAUGAUUGGAAAACAUUUUGGCCGCUUUGGAAAAGUGGCCAGAAUAUAUUGCAGACUUCAAAAAAAUGUAGCCAUUGUACACUUCCAUGACCAUGCAACAGCAGUUAAGGCAAAAAAGAGGGGUAAAAUUAUCCAAGGGACUGAAAUACAAAUAUUUUGGCAAAGAAAGAAACAAAGUCCAAGCGAAAAAGCAGAGAGAGCUCCAGAGAUCAAGGAUGUUGGUGUAGAAGGAGACUCGAGGCCUGUGGGCUCCCAGCUCACUCCACUGCGAAAAUCUUUGCCCAGAUCUCCAGCUGUCACCAGUUCCAUCUCUCUCCCUAAAGGGUCUCCUGCCAAGAAACCCUCUGUGACAACAAUACUCCAGUUUGAUAGUGAAUACCAACAGGAAAUGGCCUUAGAGGGCCACAGCCUAGAUCGCCCAAUGAUCAGUCUUCCUUCAUCCCUCCAGCAUCUGAUUGGUCAGGAGGCUGAGACAGCAGAAGAGAAAUACCGCCUUCUUGAACAAAGAGACAAGAUCCUUCGACAAUUGAGACCCAAGAGAACAGACUUGGACAUGUCCAAAGUGUUUGUGGGAACAUGUCUUGAUAUGUGCCCUGAAAAGGAGCGUUAUAUGAGGGAAACAUCGCAACCACUCAGUAUCUUUGAACUUAUUCCAGACACAGAAAAGGUGGACCAUUACGCUGCCAUUAAAGAAUACAGCAGGUCAUCAGCUGAUCAGGAGGAACCUCUCCCUCAUGAGCUGCGGCCCCUGCCAGUGCUGAGCAUGACCAUGGACUACCUGGUUACUCAGAUAAUGGACCAGGGGGAUGGCAACUAUCGUGACUGGUAUGACUUUGUUUGGAACAGAACCAGAGGAAUUCGCAAGGAUAUUACGCAGCAGCACCUGUGUGACCCUAUCACAGUAUCGCUGAUAGAGAAGUGCACUCGCUUUCACAUACACUGUGCUCACCACCUCUGCCAGGAGCCAAUGAUUUCCUUCGAUGCCAAGAUUAAUAAUGAGAACAUGACCAAGUGCCUCCAGAGUCUGAAGGAGAUGUAUCAGGACCUGGCCACCAAGGAGGUGUACUGCCCCCAUGAGGCUGAGUUCCGCCAGUACAGUGUGCUGCUCAAACUCAAUGAAGGAGAUAUUCUUCGUGAAGUGCAGCAGUUUCAUAAAGAAGUCCGUGACUCAGCUGAAGUGAAAUUUGCAGUACAAGCCUUUGCAGCCCUCAACAGCAACAACUUUGUCAGAUUCUUCAAGCUAGUGAAAGCAGCAUCUUAUCUGGCCAGUUGCAUUCUUCACAGAUACUUUAAUCAGGUGAGGCACACUGCACUGAAGGCCCUGAAUAUGGCCUACACUGUGGGCUCUCAAAGGUCCACCACCUUCCCCGUGGAGGACUUGGUCCGAACGUUGAUGUUUCGCAAUGCUUCUGAAGCCACCGACUUCCUGCAGCAGUAUGGACUCAGUGUUACUGAUGGCAUGGCCGAGCUGAGUCGUACAGCCUAUCAGGAGCCAGACUUGCCCCUGCCCCAAAGGAAGUCGAUGGCCAUCGAGAGGAAGAGGGCGGUACUGAUAGGGGAGGUUGUGAACGGUGGAGCGCUACCCAAUCCCCCUCAGCACAUUCCAGUCUGCAGCUUUGAUUCGAACAACAAAUACAGAGGGGAGGGAGCUUCUUUUGAGCUACCUCCAGCUGCAAUAAAAGUGGAAGUUCUUCCAAAGCCUCUGAGUGCGACAGAUGCAAGAUCUCAUCUCAGACCUAAACUGCUGGUAGAACCUAGUCUGUUUGCAGAGUCGCCUGCAGUAGUGGAAAUCCCUCAGCCCACAGAAACGGAGCAGACUGGGGAGCCUUCCCAGCUUGUUGUCCCUGGGCUGCCCCUGAACCCAAAGCUCACGUUCCAGCCCAUAGCACAGCCCCAGCCUAUCAGACCCACAUCCCCCCCUCCAAAACUCGAACCAGCCUACUCCAAUCAGGAUCUAAUGAAUGAGCUGGAAUCUGUGGUGGAGGAGGUUUUGCAGGCUGAGGUUGCAGACAUAGCCAAAGCUGGGGCUGAAUAUGUCUCUGCAGCUCUGAGCGUGAGUGAGACUGAACUGGAGACAGUGGUUUGCGAGGUGGUGACUCAGAUGCUCAGAGACCUGUCAGCUUCAGAGAUAGCUGCUGAGAGGGAGAGGAUUGCUGAGGAGAAACGCAAGCUAGAGGAAGCCAGGCAGAGGUUGGAACAUGAGGCCUUCCUGGACGAGCUGAGUUCAGAUCUCUGUGCUGAAAUCACCGAGGAGGUCCUAACACAGUGCACCAGGGAAACAGCCGAUGCAGAAAUAAAAUGUGCGCUGGAGGAGAAGGCUGUAUAUGUGGCCCACUGCUCAGAGGAGGUGUGUAACAGCUUAGUGGAGGAGGCACUGGAACAGGAGAUCGCUCAUCUAGCCAGAGACUUGCUGGCAGUGGAGUUACGGCGAAUACACAAGUUUAUCAAAAGGUGGCGUGAUGUGGUAGCUGUGCGCAGACAGCUAAAAAGGCAGAUGCGUGGGUUCCCUGCAGCCCCAUGCUGUGUGGACCCUCGCUUCAAGCUGAAGGCCUGGGCCCCCAGCGCUCCGUCCCCCAACUCCAAGGACGUCCUCGCACGAGGCGUUGUCAACCUGGGCAAUGCAGGGAACAUGGUCGUCUCCUGCACCAGUCUACUAAAAACAAGGAAUGACAGCAUCCGUCAGAUGAGAGUGGACUUCUACUUUAAUUUGUUACUGAGUGAGCGUAUUUGGGCUCCUCUUGACCUGCCCAUGCUGGUGGCUGAAAGCACCCCCAAUCCACCUGACAGAAUCUUCUGGAAAGCGGCUCUUCUGCUUCCCAGUGACCAGGAUGAUGACAUGAGCUUUGCUGACAGCACCCUAAAACACUGGCUGGAAGUGAAGCUGGGUGGUGCAGUGAGGAGGGAGGAGAGUGCAGCAAAGGUGGAAGGGAGCAUGCAGACACUGCUCAUCAGCAACAGCCUGAGAGAUACAGGACUGAAGACCCACAGAGUUCACCUCUGCAUAAAGGUGAGCCAUGGUCCUCUGAGCGAGGAGGGCCAGAGUCAGCUGGAGGAGGGAAAGGAUCUUCUGGGAACCAGUGCCCUGCUCAUGCUGCUGCCACCGCUGUCCAGCAGAGGCCAUCCUGGCCUGGGGGAAGCUGACGGAGAUGUGCCCUUGCUCUCUGCUCUUCUCCAGCUGAAGCAGGUGCAGCAAGCUAGUUGCUGGAACACAGCACUUCCCCUGGUGCUGCUUAUACCUGGCCAGCUGGAAGGACAAAUUACUGAAGAGAAGCUAGAGGAAGUUCUUAUGUUGAAGACCCUAGUUAAUGAUGGGCUAAUCUCAGAAUACAUCUUUAUCCAUGUUGCGGGGAACAUCACUGACCUGCAGGGAUCCCAUCAGAUUGGCGAGGCCGUGCGCUGGCUGGUAGCCCACUCUCCAGCCUCUACUGUCCUCUCUUGCCAGCCCCUGCUCCAGUUUGUAGAAGCAGGGCUGUGCCGCGAAUUCCACGCCAGGUUCGGUCAUGACAAGCAGGAGCGGCUCCAGGCUGGUUUCCCAUGCCAGGAGCCAGCAGCCAUCAUUCGCCUGUAUAAUAGUGUGCUGGCCUAUCUAGCAGGCAUGGUCAGCUCUGAGCAGCUGGCCAGCCUCUCCUGGCCCCCGCCUGAGUUCUCUCUACCUGAGAACAAAGAGCUGGUGCCACACCUGGAGUGGAAUUCUCCACAGCAUCUGGCCUGGCUGAAAAGGGCCAUUCUCAGCCUGCAGAUCCCUGAGUGGGACCGGCCCCCUCCAAACACUUCGUGGCCCUGUCUAUGUGCAUACAUAUUUCAGUAUGUAUCCCAGAUCCCUAGCUCUGCCCAGAGCCAGCCCCUCCUCAUGUCUCGCCUGGAGCACUUGCUAGCCAGAGUGCUUGCCCAACAGCAACGUCUAGCCAGUGAUGAGGAGGUCGAUGAUGAGAAAGACAGGCCUUCCUUUAAUCACAUACCCUGGGAUGACAUCUUAUUCCUCUGCAUAGAGCAUCGGCUGAAAGACUGGAAUCUACCAGAGACUCCAAAUGCAAAGGAUUCCUUCACUGACAGUGGCGAUAUCUGGGUGUACUAUUACAAAGACCAGCUUAAGGACUUCCUUCCUCCAGAGAGUUGGGUAGCAGCUGUAAAAGGCACUCACAUGGAGAAACGGCAGCAUGCAGAUGGGUUUUCUUCCAGGUCAAAGGUGAGCUCAAGGCUCAAGACUCUGACCCCAGCUGCACAGUUGCCCAGGCAAAGGUUGUUCCAGAGUCAACCGGAGGCCGAGGAGAGCCCUUCUGUGCUGGACAUCACUCGUACUCUCUCCACUCAGGAGCUGCUGCCCCACCAUCUGCUUUCUAGCAUCCAGUUGGAGAAGGCUCAUAACCAGCGAUUUGAGCAGCAGCUGGAGCGCUGGUUGGCACAGGAUCCCCUAGACUCUGUCUCCAUGCCUCUCUUCAUCCCUUCCACGCUGCUGUCUGUGCCUGAAUUUUUGGCUCCCAGCCGCCGCCCUAUUGUGUCUGCUGCCUCUCUAAAACAGGGGAUUGAAACCGAUGACCCUGCUGAAAAGGUUCCUGCCACUUGCAGAAAACAUGCACCUCUGUCUCUGACACAACGGCUGGAGGAGCUUGAAAGGUUGAUAUUAAUCAAUCAAGAGGAAGAGAUGGCAUGCAGUCUCAAGAUAAACAGCCUGUUGGAAAUCAUAGAAGACUGAGCAAUGUGCUCCUAUCUCUUAAUACUUUCUGUGGUAUUAUAGUUGCUUAAUAGCCAGUGUUGGAUUGUUUUGAAAGGAUUUUUAAUGUAUGUAUUAAGUUUUGAUGCAAUACAUUGGCCUUUAAAAAUAACUUUUUUUCCCUUUUAGUUUUGUAUAUCAUGGUAGUUGUAAUUAAAAAAAAAAAUCAGCUGCCAUUUGUACUUUAACAUUUGUUAUGGUUCAAAGUAAUGUGCCUGGCACAUGAGUUGAUUUAUUUGCUGAUAUUUAUGUUUAUAUGCGAGUGUAGAAUGCUUUUUAUUGUGUUUUAUUUAUAGUACAGAAAUGUGUGAGCUGUAUUUUUGCCUUCUGCCCACUUUUGGGAAAGCAAUAAAGUUAUAUACUGAAAGCUUGUAA